AUGCACAACACUGAGCAUUGCAUAAAUCUGAAACACAAAAUUCAGGAUCUGAUCGACAAAAGGGAAAUUAUUUUGGAAACUGCCACCCCUAACAUGAACACGAACCCAUUGCCAAAUCAUGAAAAUGGCGGGGUCUACCUGAUAGAAAGGGAUGAAGACUGGGAUGCCUGUGGAAUAUUAUCUCCCAGAAUCACCCAGCCCUUGGAACAGACAGUGGUUUCCCUCACACUCCAAGAACGUCCCAAAUUCAAAGUCUUGAUCCCCAGUCCGAGAGUUCCCAAGGCCAAGUUCAGAACCUUAAUCCCGGCACCUGUGGUGACCCAGAUAGCACAACAGAUUGUGUCAGACCCCAAAAAUACGGUCACAGUGCAGACCACAAUAACCCAAGGCAUGAUCCGUUCAGGGAGAUGCUACACUCUUAAGGAAUUGGCCCAAAACGCCACGAGGAAGGAGAAUACUCAGAAAAGGACUAUAACUGAGGGAGAGGCCAAAGAUUUCUUGCAACGUAUGCAGCCCAAAGACUAUUCCACUGUCGAGCAUUUAAAGAAAGCACCGGCGCAAAUCUCGGUACUGUCACUAUUGGCUAGCUCGCCGUCUCAUAGGCAUGCUCUUAUGAAGGUAUUGGAUGAUGCACACGUACCAGCCAGAACGAACAGUGAGGAUUUGGCCGGGCUAGUGGCCGAUAUUAUUGGGGAACACAAGAUCUGCUUCUCUAAGGAAGAACUACCCGUGGAAGGAACAUCUCAUAACAAAGCCCUCCAUAUCACCUUAGAGUGCCGUGACAAGGCCGUAGGAAGGGUACUGGUGGACAACGGGUCAGGCCUCAACAUCUGCCCUGCUACCACUCUAACACAACUUGGCUACGACGUGGGAAAGAUCCGCCAGAGUAUGACAAAUGUCAGAGAAUUCGACGAAGCCUUAAGUGACUCUUUAGGAGAAGUCAACCUACAGAUUCGAGUCGGGCCUGCCUCCUUCACAGUAGAGUUCCAAGUCAUGGCAAUCACUGCCAAUUACAACAAGCUCUUAGGAAGGCACUGGAUUCACUCCAUCAGUGCAAUACUGUCGAGUCUGCAUCGGGCCAUAAAAUUCGAGUGGCAAGGACAGGAAAUUGUAGUAGCGCCUGAGAAGGACACUCAGAAGCAUCCCUACAACACCGUUCUCGUGAUUGAAGGGAAUCCCCGCUUCCCUAACCUUCACAUAGUAAAAUAUGUAGGAGCCACCUAUACAGAAGAAGAGGUCGGUAAGCCCAUGCCGGUAUUCUGUAGAAUGAUUGCCUCUACCCUACUGAGAAAUGAUUUUGAAUCGGGAAAAGGUCUAAGAAGGGAUCUCAAAAGGAUAACGCAUCCCGUGCCGAUCCCAAAAGAAAACUACCAUUUCGGUCUAGAGGUUAGAGGUUAA